AUGGAGUCGCCAAACAAAAACAAGGACUUGCUCAACAUCGAUUCCGGCAACAGCGAUAACUUUUACCGAUACAAGAUGCCCAAGAUGAUCACCAAGAUCGAGGGCCGCGGAAACGGAAUCAAGACCAACAUUGUCAACAUGGUGGACAUCGCCAAGGCUCUGGCGAGGCCGCCGUCGUAUCCGACCAAGUAUUUCGGUACUCAGCUCGGAGCCAUAUCCAAAUUCAUCGAGAAAACCGGAACUUCACAGGUUAAUGGAUCUCAUGAGACUGCUAAACUGGCUGGACUUCUUGAAGUGUUCAUCAAGAAGUAUGUCCAGUGUUACUAUUGCAAGAACCCGGAGACGGAUAUCAUCGUUACCAAGAGUCAGAUGGUCCAGCUGCAAUGUAAGGCUUGUGGUAAUAUCUCUUAUGUGGACAUGAGGGAUAAGCUCACUACCUUCAUCCUGAAGAAUCCGCCCAAGGCCGAAAAGGGAUCAUUCCGGAGAGCUGAACAAGAGCGUUUGAAUGAAGGGAACGACGAUGAUGAUGUUGAGUGGCAAAUAGACACAUCAUCGAAGGCUGCUAAACUUACUAUCAAAGAACAGUUGAAUACAGUAACUGCUGAUAUGGUUAUGCUUACAACUGAUGAGGGAACAGAUCGCAAGUCAAAGGCAGCAGAUAAUAAUAAACCUCGUGGAGGCCGCCAGAAAGCUACUUCACCUGAGAAGAUUCUUCAGGAUGUAAAAGCGAUUUUGAAGAAGGGAGUUGCUUCUGCAGACCAACUGAAGUCGGCGUUAGCAUCCGAUGAAAAUGGACAGUUGCUACUUCUUCAUGCAAUUGAGGAGUUCUUUUUGAAGCUGAACAACUCAGCUGCCGUGAAGGAAGUUGCGUUGGUUCUGAAAGCCUUGUACGAUGAAGAUAUCUUGGAGGAAGAGUGCAUUUUGAAGUGGUACCAGGAAGGUCUGGCAGCAGAGGCUAACAAAGAUUCCUCAAUUUGGGAAAACUCCAAACCCUUCAUUGAAUGGCUUCAGAAUGCUGAAUCUGAAACUGAAGAUGAGUGA